GGUAAAAGUAUAUUUACAGAACAUUCAACUGCCACAGGUUACUAUAAAUGAAACACCAAUUUGGCCAUAAACGAAGCAACAACUUUGUGAUAAAUGCAACAACUUUGCAAUAAUACAAGGGGUACCCUUCAGCCUACUGUAAUAUUCAGGAUGUCAAUCCGUCAAGUAUUAAAAAAGUGGCCUGGCCAGAGAUUUGGAGUUUUCAGAUUCUUGCCAUUGUUUUUUAUAUUUGGUGCUGCUUUAGAAUUUACAAUGAUAAAAUGGACUUUUAAUGGUGUAAAUUUUUACAAAACUUUUAAACGAAGAAAAGCACAAGAAAUUGUUGCUGAAGAAGCAGCCAGAUUACGACCAUAAAUGCUCUAGUAUCAGUAGGAGAUAACAAAAUUCAAGUCUUCUUAAUGAAUUAUUUUUGCAAUAUUUAUAUUAAUGAAGCUUGCAAGUACAGUUUACUAAGUAAAUGUAAUACUAAAAAGUUUUUUUUUUAUUGAGUACAAGCUAAAACUUAUAAUAAACUCUAAACAUGUAUUUUUAUUGCAUUUUCAAGAAAUUAAUUUCAGUAACACUACUGGUUUAAAUGCAUUUUAUAAACAAUGCACUGCUAUUAAAAAUUCUGAUUUUUUUCUAAUCUUAUUCUGAUUUAUUAACCUUAUAUAUUGUCCACUAUCAUUAUAUAUUAUAAAAGUAAAAAUUAAUAAAAUAAUUUUAUAUAAAACGUAGAAACUGCAUAAAUGACAAUGCUGUAUUUUGAUUUCUAGAGAUUUUAUUUACACCUGGCAAUUUACAUUUCGUUUUAAAUUUUAAAAUUCAUCAUUUGCAAAAUGAAAGCAACUGUAAUAUCCAAAAUGUAUAUUUACCUAAACUGUUUUAAAUAAAUAGUUUCCAUCACAUGAAA